GGGCUGGGGAUGGGACUGCGCGUUGUCUGCAGUAUCCCGAUGCUUGGAUCUCCGGACGCUGCCAGCUGCGCUUGUGUGUGCGUGCGCGUGUGUGUCCUGACUUUUCCUUUCCUUAUCCCCCCCCUCGCGCGCGCGCGCGCGCACGGCGGCUUCGGCCAGCCAGCUUUGCGCUAAUCGUUAAUCGAUAAAAACGAAUUUAAAGGUGUACAGGUUCCGAUCACUCCCCCUUCCCCUUAAGACAGCUCCAGCCUUAAAAACAUAGCCCAGAGCACAGCGAUUUCCGGCCUGGACACCCACGGAGCUUGCUCACCGCAUCGCCGCACACUAGCCAGCUCAAGAAACGAAGUCAUUCCUCUUUCAGUCCUGGGAACGUGAAAGCCAGAGAUGCCAGCCCACAUGCUGCAAGAGAUGUCCAGCUCCUACACCACCACCAUCACAGCGCCUCCAUCUGGGGGCCUGCAGAAUGGGGAAGAAAGGAUGGAAAGGACCCCCCGCGACUUGGGAGAAGACAUUCGCCCCGAAAUGAAAGAGGACAUCUAUGACCCCACCUACCAGGAUGAGGUGGGCCCCCCUCCGAAGCUGGAGUACGUGUGGAGAAACAUCAUCCUCAUGGCUCUGCUGCACCUGGGAGCCCUGUAUGGGAUCACACUGCUUCCUGCCUGCAAGGCCUACACCUGGCUCUGGGUGUAUCUAUACUACGUAAUCAGUGCCCUGGGCAUCACAGCAGGGGCGCAUCGCCUGUGGAGCCACCGCACAUACAAAGCACGCCUGCCUCUGCGGCUUUUCCUCAUCAUUGCCAACACCAUGGCAUUCCAGAAUGACGUAUAUGAAUGGGCCCGAGAUCACCGCGCCCACCAUAAGUUCUCCGAAACUCACGCUGAUCCUCACAAUUCUCGCCGUGGCUUUUUCUUCUCUCACGUGGGUUGGCUGCUUGUGCGCAAACACCGAGCUGUCAAAGAGAAGGGUGGUUUGCUAGACCUAUCUGACCUCAAAGCGGAGAAACUGGUGAUGUUCCAGAGGAGGUACUACAAGCCUGGUCUCCUGUUGAUGUGCUUCAUCCUGCCCACCUUGGUGCCCUGGUACUUUUGGGGUGAAACUUUUAAACACAGCUUGUUUGUUGCCACUUUCCUGAGAUAUGCCAUCGUGCUCAAUGCCACCUGGCUGGUGAACAGUGCUGCCCACCUCUAUGGAUACCGCCCAUAUGACAAGAAUAUUAGCUCUCGGGAGAACAUCCUGGUUUCACUGGGAGCUGUGGGUGAAGGCUUCCACAACUACCACCACUCCUUCCCCUAUGACUACUCUGCCAGUGAGUACCGCUGGAGCCUCAACUUCACCACAUUCUUCAUUGAUUGCAUGGCUGCUCUUGGGUUGGCUUAUGACCGGAAGAGAGUAUCCAAGGCCGCCAUCCUGGCCAGGAUUAAGAGAACUGGAGAUGGAAGUUACAAGAGUGGCUGAGAUUCUAGGUUCCUGUUCCAAAAGCCAUCUGGGCAGAGGUUUAAUGUUUCAUCAUUAACUACUGAAUAAUGCUACAGGAUGCUAAAGAUGAUGACCUUAACCCAUUCUAGUACAGUGUCUUAAAAAAGUACAUAAGUAUUGAAAGGCAACAACUCUUCGUUAUGAUGAUGAACUGAUGUUCUUUUCUUUUAUUCUUACUGUCCUUUGCUUUGUUUCUGUAAACACCCUUUUCUCCCUCAUUGCCUCCCAGGCAACUAUGGUCAGCCAUAGGUCUAUAUCCCCCUCCAAAGCCUACCCGCCUUUUUAGAACCUAAAAGUGAAGCCUGGGGACAACUCUUUUCUUGAGAUAUCCCUCUUAAUUUUCUUCAGUCCAGGUUUUGCCAUAAGGAGUAAAGAAUAAUUGGCAGAGAGCUUGCAUGGCAGGUAAAUUGUCAGGGGACAAGUUUCAGCAUGUAAGGUAUGAUUAAAUAGUUAGAAUGUGGU